AUGGCCACCAUAGCGGCGUCCACCGCCGCCGCCGCAGGCCUGCUCUACUACGCCGACCAACGCAUUGGUGUGAGCAGGGACAUCCAACAAUACCGUCAGGACAAAUCCUUUACGAAGCGCAUGGUGCAAUUCGUAGAUAGACUGGGUCCUCAAUCACCUCACCUAUAUCGCAUGCUGGAACUCUGCGACCCAAAUGCCGAUGCGUUGUGGUUCGAAGGCCGCUCGUGGAAUUUCAGAGCUCUCAAGGCUCAGGUGGAUGAACUGGCCCUCGGCUUGAAGGAGAGUCUGGGUGUCAAAGAUGGAGACAUCGUGGCUGUGUUCAUGACGAACUCACCCGAGAUGGUCGCUAUCAUCUACGCUCUGACAAGGCUGGGAGCGGCUCCUGCAUUAAUCAACAAUGCCCUCCGGGACGAUACAUUGCUCCACUGUGUGAGGCUACCGAAAUCAAACCUGAUUCUCAGCACCCCGGACUUGGCUGGUUAUGCAGCGUCGGCAGCGCAGUCAAUGGGUGGUGGGGAUGUCAAGACCGUGAGGCUGAAUCUGGGUUCUUUUCGACCUUCGCCGCUCUCGACCGACAAUGGAGGUAUAAUCGACUUUCCCUUCCCAGACCCAUCCCUAUCACCAGCCUCGUCCUUGCCUCCGACACCACCCAAAACACUCGGCUCAGUGGCCGCCCUGAUCUACACUUCUGGCACGACAGGCAAACCCAAGGCCUGCAGUAUCAAAAAUGGUCUCAUUUGCGCGGUUGGAUGCACUAGUUCUUCCGACGCCGCCAACCCCAAGAAAUACCUCCAGGGCCUCCGCGCAUACUCAUGCAUGCCCCUUUUCCACGGCACCACAUUCUUCGCCGGCAUGUGCUACUCCGUGGGGCAGAGCGGCUGUUUCUGCUUUGCGCGGAAGUUCUCGGCCAGGGGGUUCUGGAAAGACGUACAUGAAUCCCGCGCCACGAGGAUCCUCUACGUCGGCGAACUGUGUCGCUUCCUUCUGGCCACCCCACCCGGGCAGUAUGACAAGAACCACAACGUCAUCGUGGCCGCGGGCAACGGUCUGCAAAAGGAUGUCUGGGUAGCCUUUCAAGAGCGGUUCAGUGUCCCCGAGGUCCGCGAAUUCUACCGAUCCACCGAGGGACUCGUUAAGUUCGACAACGUCCACCGCGCGGGCCAGCCCGGCGCAGGGAAAGUCGGGUACCUGGGCCCGUUGAGGAAGAAGAUCCUGGAGAAAGAUCAAUUCAUCAUCCGAUUCGACUACGACACCGAGUCACCCGUCCGCGACCCCAAGACCGGCUUCUGCGUCGUGUGCCCCAAGGGCGAGCCGGGUGAGGCCAUUGCGCGGAUCCACAACCUGGCGACCUACACGAACUACCACAACAACGAGUCCGCCACGGAGCAGAAGUUCCUCCGAGACGUGUUCGAGAAGGGCGACCUGUUCCAGCGCAGCGGGGACCUGCUGGUGCAGGAGAGCGACAACUGGGUGAGGUUCGUGGACCGCAUCGGCGACACGUACCGGUGGAUGGGCGAGAACGUGUCGGCGGGCGAAGUGCGGGCGUUCAUCUCCGAGCUGCCGGGCGUCAAGGACGCCGUCGUCGUCGGCAAGCGGCUGGCCAAGUACGACGGACAGGUCGGCACGGCGCUGAUCGUGCUCGACUCGGCCAUCAACAACAACAGCAAUCACGAGAAGCAGGAGGCCUCGGGCCCGCUGGCCGGGGAGAAGGCCUUCAUGACCCGCCUGUUCCAGGCGCUGCGAGGCAAAGGCGUCCCGCGCUACGCCGUGCCCAGGCUGGUCAUGGUGCGCGACGAGCUCGUCGACGUGGGCGACACCUUCAAGCACGCCAAGAUGGUGGUCAAGAACAUCGACUGGGCCGCCGGUUCCACCUCCCCCGACCACGGCAGGACCAGGAAGUACUACCUAGACCUCGAGGAGGAGCGGUUCAAGGAGCUAGAUGCCGCGAGUUGGAAGCGCAUCGACGAGGGGCGGGCCAAGCUGUAG